AUGGAGGAGACGUAUGUAAGGCUGCCAAACGGCCAGUUGUCGACGGACUGCGGGCAUUAUUCAGUGCCCACUCAGAGGCAACUGCUUGGGGAUCUAAUGCGCAUAGGUCUUCCUCUGUCAGCCUCUCAGGUUUCGCAGUUUAGUUUUAUAAUCGUUAUGUUUUUCUUUGCGGGCCAUCUUGGUGUACAAGAGCUUGGGAGUGUUUCCAUCGCUAUUGGCAUUCUCAAUGCGACAGGAUUUGCGUUUGGUAGUGGACUUUGUGGAGCGCUGGAGACACUUUUGUCGCACUCCUACGGACUGGAUCGGCGAAGCACAAUGUAUGGGGUUUACGCCCAGAGAAUGUUUAUUAUACUUAUGCUCUUUAGUGUUCCUCUAGCCAUUUUACUCAGCUGUUUGACACCAAUCUUGAUAGCAAUUGGUGAGCCGACCUAUGUGGCAGAGGAGGUGGGCUCAUUUUGCCUGAUAUGUGUCCUGGGAUUGCCGGCGAUUAUGCUCUUGGAGCUUCUUCGACGCUAUUAUGCGAGUCAACAUCGUUCGAAUCCCGUUUUUCUGACGCUGGCUAUGGCAGCAAUUUUGAAUCCCCUCGUACAGUACAUUUGUGUGUUUUUUGGAGGUUAUAAAGGAAUUGCGCUGGGAUGGGUAAUUCUUCUUCUUCUUAUGGACAUCACCCUCGUUAUCUACCUCCGGGUGAGUGGUCUGUAUCGGCACACAUGGGGUGGCUGGAAUAUGGCGGCGUUUCAAAACUGGAUUCCAAUGUUAAAGCUGGCUAUUCCCUCCCUUGGCAUGGCCUUUAGUGAGUGGAGUGCAAUGGAAGUAAAUUCUGUCUGUGCGGGUUUAAUGAGUUCGGUGCAGUUGGGUGCAUAUGCCAUUAGUAGCCAGUUAUCGAAUCUCUGCUGGAGUGUCGUAUCUGGAUUUUUUAUGGCCAGCACCGUCUUGGUAGGAAAUUCUGUUGGUGAGGGAAAACCGCAGUUAGGAAGGCGAUACGCCAUGCUUUCAUUUAUUGUUGUAUUUGCUUUGUCUUUUGUGAACAUAUCUCUUUUGUAUUUGUACCAAGAGCAAAUUGCCUAUAUAUUUACCGAGGACCCAGAGGUUGUGUCAAUUUUUAUGAGCAUCACUCCUUUUUUUUUAGUUUAUCAUUUAUUGGAUUCAAUCCAAUCCAAUUUCCUGGGCAUCCUGCGUGGAUGUGGGCUUCAGGUAAUUGGCGUUUUUAUUGUUUUUGUGGGAUUGACGCUUGUGGGAACGCCACUGGGUCUAUUUCUUCUUUUCCGUUGCGGUUAUGACGUCAAGGCGCUGUGGAUUGGCCCAAUUGUGGGCUGUACGCUGUUAGCGAUCCCAGCGUAUUUGUUUGUGUUUUUUCGUCGCGUUGAGUGGGAAAAGCUUAAGCCACAUAUAGAAGAGCAGUUUGAAGGAUCUAUCAAUUUUGCAAUUAGCCGCGAAACCUCUUCGACGGCAUUUUGA